UUGACAUUGUACUUGCAUCACAUUGUUUGUGACAUUGUUUGUUGUGCAAAACGAGCAUCCGAAACGAGUAUUCACAGUGCGCAAUGUCUCGCGGGCAUCGAGAUGGCAUGGCUAAAUCGGUCAAGUUCUAUUCGGCUUCCCUGAGUGCCGGUGCAGCAAGUGACAGUAAAUUUGUGCUCGACAUUGUGAGCCGGUUGAAGGAAAGGAACCGGCUACAGGUCCUCAUCGAUGGAUUGGACCGGACGCCAACUAAUCUUGCACCACCGUUGUUCGGAGAGGAAGCGUUCGUGUGGAGUCGUUUUCGUGAAAAUUUUCAACCCGCGAGUGAAAAGAUGGAGGACGGAGCUGCUCCGAGUGCCGAUAAACCCGAAGGAUUUGAUAAUCUGGACCACCAGCCCAACUACGAGGGAGUGAUCGAUCGCCGAAGUCCUUCGCUGGAAGCUGGUCAGAAAACGUACCACGUCAAGAUACGCCUAACAGAAACGGACGACAUCGUGCUGUUUGAGAACCCGAGUCACGUCGUGUCGCUCGAUGCGGAAGAGGCCGAUCUGGUGAAGGAGCAGAACCGUUUGUUCGAGACACGCCCGAAAGCACGCCGGACGGCGGACGCCGAGGCGCAGACCCGUGACCUGCCAUGCAAAUCGCGCUCGGUCAACACGGAGUGCAUUCACCGGCAGGAUGUGGCUUCGUUCGUUUCGAACUACGACAUGUACGACACGUACAACGAUCUGGAGCGACACACGAAGGAAAUUAAUGUGGCAGAGUCAGCUUCCAAGCUGGAGAUUACGACCUAUUCGCGCGAGGGCAUGGAAGACAUCGACGAUCGGCUGAACCGUAAUCCAAACUUCCAUCUCUCGUCCAUGAUCUUGCAGCGUCUGCUCGCGGGUAACGUUUACCGCGAGCAACAGAUUCGGUUCCGUAAUAUGUAUCCGCCGGAUCCGUGCCGGGAGGAUAUACGGUAUCUGUACCGGUUGGAUGUGCUGUGGACGUACCGGACGGUCGAGACCAUGGGAAAGGCGGUAGCCUGCGCCAGUUGGUGCCCAGCGAAUGGAGAUAUCGUUGCGAUCGCGUAUGGGAUCUACGGGCACACGAGUAGCGAUGAUCGAGGCAAUGGGUACGUUUACGUUUGGAACAUUAAGAACCCGGUAAAUCCGGAGCGUCGGUACCGGUUCGAUUGUCCCGUGACGUGUGUUGCAUUCUCGCAGCGUACACCGCAGCUCUUGGCGAUUGGACUGUACGAUGGGUUGGUACAGAUUCGCGACAUUACGGACAACACCCAGACACCGCUGGCUGUGUCCAACCGGGACAAGUUUCCCGUCUACCAACCGAUUUGGGACCUAAAGUGGGUCGAGUUUGACAACGACAGUAAGGACGAAGUUAUUGCCGUCUCACAGAACGGUUGGGUUAUGAAGUACACGCUAACGAUCGGUCAGUACCUGCUUCCCUACCCUCUACUGCGAUUGGACCGGGUGGAAGGAACGCUGGAAGGACAGUCGGCAACGGCAAACGAUCCGCCCCCGGUUAGGAUACAGUCCGAUCUACACCCGCAAGCACUCUGCGUCACGAUUCAUCCGGUGCAGAAGGACAAGUAUUACAUCGGUACGGACGAGGGUGCGGUGCAUUGGUGCAGCAUUAACGAUCCCUUCCAGCAUCUCGGUGUGCUGCAGAUGCACACGCGCGGUAUCUUCUGCAUCGAGUACUCACCCUGGAGCCCGAAGAUCUUCCUCACGUGCAGUGGCGACUGGAGUAUCCGCAUCUGGAUCGAGGAUCUUCCGGAACCGAUCGUAACGCUGAGCACCGGGUUUGCUCCGAUUCAGGCCGCCUACUGGUCACCGACAAACAGUACCAUCAUUGCGAGCGUCACACGGAACGGUGUCCAGCUGUGGGAUCUGAAGCGUCGCAGCUCUAAACCCGCGUCCGAAACUACGCUCGGAAGUCUCACGACGGCGCUGACCGUGAUUCGGUUUACGAACUGUGGCCGUAGCCUGUUGGUGGGUGAUGCUGAGGGUAAGGCACACGUUUGCGCCCUGGAGGAUAUGCCAUUUCCACCCCACUUUCAGUACCGUGAACUUCAAACGGCCAUCUACUCGAAGUUGGUAACUACACCGGAUCUUUUGACCCGGGUGCGUCGUAUGGGAUACCUUGGCUACUGAGUCCGGUUGGAAAUGCUUCGGGUUUCGUUGCAAAAUACAUCCGUCAAACAAUGUAACGAAACAUGGACAGCCAGUUUCUUCGUCGCUCUCAUCGUCGUGUGUGGCCGUCCGAUAGUUCACACGAUCGAUCCACGGUAACACUGAUUUACAUCAGGCAUCAGGCAACUAUUAUCGGCUGUAAAAAGGAGGCUGACGGCUAUUAAAGAAAUAAAAACAAAACAACCCCA